UAAGUUGUAAGCCAAUUCCAUUCCACUUUCAAAAAUCAUUUCUUUGUUAGAACAAAUAUGAAGGUCAAUAAUAGCCUAAUUGUUCUCCUUGCCCUUUUAUGUGCUUUUCUUUUUGUUGCUUCAGCUCUAGCAGUUGAUAAGACUAAAGCAACAAAUGAAGGACAACUAAAUGAUGAAACACAAGGCCAUGGUUGGGGCGGCGGAGGCGGCUGCCAUGGACGUGGUUGUCACGGUGGUGGUGGUCACGGAGGCGGUGGCAAUUAUUGCCACCACGGAUGUUGCGGUGGAUAUUAUCGAGGAGGAGGGUGUAAGCAAUGUUGUAGAACCGCUCAAGAAUAUUCAGCUUACAAUAUGCAAAAUGAUGUUAAUCGCCCUUAAAUGCACAACGUAUAACGACUUAAUUCAACGUUCAUGAUAAAUAAUGAGAGCUUAGUGCACUAUAUUGUCUUUGUUUUAAUGUUUAAUUAGGUCAUGUAACGUUCUAGCUAGCUAGCUUACGCUAGCCUAAUGUUGUUCUAUGAGUAAAAUAAAAAUCACAAUGCAGUAAAUAUGCAAUAAAACAUAUAUCUAUGUUAUAUAUGAAA